CGUGCUUCUUUCAUUCUACAAACCUGUGGCUUGAUGCUAUUCCGAAAGCAGCAAUCGCUCUGAAAGGAACCCACCACGACAGUCUCGAUACCGACAUACCUCGAGGCUCGACGCAUGCCAUCCAACUACCGUAUCUCCCGCCGAUCCCACGGGCCACCACCCUUUUGUUCUACCUAAGAGCAUGAAAAGAGAGAAGAUGAUCCUCGUGGCCCUGUCGCGCGUCCUGGUAUGCGGCAUGCCGAUGACAAGACAAAUGACUAGUCCGCAGACUCGAGUCUUUGAACUUGACAGUGAUCACACGCAGAUCCUGCGGAACUUUUGGAAACCUGAACAACAUCGGAACACGACAACGCCGAAUACGAUCCAAUACAAAUCGAUCACUGGUCUGACCUCGGUGAAACCCCCCGCCGAUGCACCUCAUAGUCCUCCCUCACUCUGCCCGCACAAGACGCAGAGAAGACAAGACACAUUCCAAUACCUCUUCCAAAGUCCUCCCGCCCAACCCCCAUUCCCCUGGUUCCCCCUUUCCCCCGAGAUUGUAUGA